CGUGCUCGUGCGCACUCGACCGUGACCAAAGCAAAGCAAAGCAAAAAAAGCAAACCACACCACGCCACAACCCCGACUCCCCCCCCGGCGUGCCCGAGACCAUGGACCCCCCGGACGGCCGAUAGCACAGCAUGCACCGCGCCAGAGCCAUCGCCAUCGCCGCCGGAGCCGCCCGGCGCCUCUCGCGGAACAAAAUUCCGCAUCCCACGGCCGCUUCGGCCCCCCUCCAACGGUGGGGCCCUUCCGGAACCGGGCUUUUCGUCGACCCCCCGGGCGGCCCCCGGAAGGCCUCCACCGGUCGUUCCGUGUCCACCAGCCGCGGGAGCGGGAGCAACUUCCGAUCGAUCGAUUGCGUACGCGAAUCCGAUCCCCCCACCAACACCCACACGGAACAAUCCUUUGUGGUUCUGCCGGCACACCGGUUCUGGACGGGAACGAUGGAAACCAUUCUGCACCUCAUGGCAUCGAAGAGGGGCAAGAACACCCACAAGAUCGUCGUCUUCUUCGAGCUGAAACGGCUCGCGCAGCUCUACGCUAGGUUCCUGUCGCUGCGGCUGGGCCACACCGUGGGGGUGUGGGAGACCCACGGAGGGAUGCACCCCUCGGAGCGGACCCGGGCGGAAGACCGCUUUCGCCGUUCCGGGCGCGGGGUGCUCCUGGCCAGCGGAACGAUCGCCGGAAGCGGAGACCUUCGAGGCGUCUCGCAUUUGGUCCAGGUCGGGGCCCCGCGAAACCGCGCCACCUACCUCCACCGCCUGGGUCGAACCCUAACCGGUGGGGCGGGAACACCCCACCCUUGCAGGGGCAUCCUGGUGCUCCCGGAACCGGAGCAGGCCUUUGUUUGGGACGAGCUGGGCGGGCUGGGCGUCGGCCCCGACCAUUCACUGAAGCAGCGGUUGCUCUCCAGGGGGAAGAAAUCGGGGGGGCACGAAAUCCGAAGGGCCCUCGCAAACGAGCUGGGGAUGCUCCGGCAGGAACUGGCCGAGGGGAGGGAGCCGACGGGCAUGGCGGAAUCCGUAGACCUGGCCUACCGCUCCCUGGUGUCGCACUACUUCCAAACCCGGCGACGGUCCGGCAGCGGAAACACAAGCAGCAGCAACAGCAGCAGCAACAGCAACGGAAGGGAACCACCACCCCUCGGAGCCUUUGUGGACGUCCUCAACCAGCUGGUCCGAGACUUUGGACCCCCGGAACUGCCGGCGAUCGAUGCCCGCCGCGCCGAGAGCAUGGGGAUCGAUCGUCUCCCCGGGCUCAACAUUCGGAAGCACUGGGGCGACCCGAAGCGGUCCCCAAGCCUUCUGCAAGAGCACGGCGGCGAUUCCGACGAAUGGUUUGCUCUCGCCAGGGGGCCCGGAGAGAAGGAACCACCCCCGGCUCUGGGCGGGAAGAAACCACGGUAGUGUAUGGUUCUGCGGUACUGUAUCAAUGCCGGAAGAUUUCGGAUGCAUGCUGUAUUCGAUAUUCCACACAAACAAAUCAUGGCAUGGGCAAGAAAGGGAGGAAACAACCCAAUACGGCCCGAGAAUACCGAACGAUUUGGAUAGGAAAACACCCUAGGAAUGUGAUUAAAAAGCACGAUAGAGU